AUGAACGCUUCCAUACCAGCGAAACCUGUGGUAGCAAGCAGACCGAGAGCAUACAAGAGAUUUGUGACUUCAGCUUUCCACACCAGGUUUGUACAUGCAGCGCUGCUCUCACUCUUCGUUUCGUGGGAUCUCGCCAUCUGCUUGAGUCCAAAAUAUGACAUUCUCUGGUCAUGGCUACCACUCGGUCCAGCAGGGCUCAGAGCGAUUCUCUACUUCAUGUCAACCAUCUUCGUCUUCAUUCUCCAAGUCGCCACAGUCUCAGUCGGCCGGCGCACUCCGACCUCGCCCUUUCAACGAGUACGCCAGACCUUGCUGAGCCCCUCCACCUUCAAGACGGUCUUCUGGUAUCUGCUAUCAGCAUGGUGGUUCACUGAGGUGUACAUCUGGCUGAGCUCCGACAUGACAUGGGUCACGCGAGAAAACGCUGCAUCCCAAGCCGCCCUCAACGAGAGACCCAUCUAUUUCCGAGCACUCUUCACCUUGCUGGCACUUGUUCAGGCCGGCAAACAUGUCUACUACGGUCAGGCAAUCCUCCAUCUACCAAUCGCUGCGCCUGGGUCGCCACAAGAAAAGAUCGUCAAUACGCACACCAUUCCCGACACUUUCUCGUUCUUCAAAUCACAAGCCAGAGACGUCGUGCUGCGCUCGAUUGUUGGCUCUAUCACAGCAACAGCCCUCUGUCCAUUCAUAUAUACUGCCUUCUUCCGCAGCUUCCUCUGGAGAGUGCAUCUCGGCAUCGCAAAAAUUAUGUAUAGCAUCGCUCGCAGCAGUGCGAGACCUUCUGGCAUUCCUCCCGUCGGCACCUUUGCGACCACAAUUUGGAUAGGCUUCUGCCUUAGCUUGACCUGGGAGCUGGCUGCAUUGUCUUUGAUCGCUUAUUUCAAGAAAGCACCUCUCAAGGAAGCAAAACCCUGGACAUCUUCCGGCAAAGACCCGAACGGAUCACUACUCAAUGGCCUCAAGGCAAAACGCGGCAUCAUUAAGACUUUUGCAUUCUGGGAAUUAGCAAUCAUUGCUCAGAGUCAUCCCGAGCGAAGAAAGCUCAUCUUCUCCGACAUAGACCGUCCCACCGGCCCAGUCUGGUCUCAAAUGCUGCAAGAAGCACUGAAAGUCCUCGAGCAGAUCGACGACAGGAUACAGCCGCCACAACCUGCGGCCCCCAUCACGCAGGAGCCUGCACCCACGUUACCCAAGAUCCUCAAACCUCCACGAGAGUCGACAAAGGUCAAGGAGCAGCAGAACAUCGUCGCUCAGAGAGCAUCCAAGGAUGCACGUGCUCGACAGCGUCUGGUGGACAUUGCUGAUGAGAAGCUGAAACAACUAGGAUCACAUCCUGAUCCCUUUCCAGUACUCGAUAUGCCUGAUACUGCCACACUUAUUGGCCAGGCCAAGAACUCAUUCACCACAUUCUUCAGCUCUACACCAGAGUCUCGAGUCAAUGCAACGGUACUCGGAUCACCACAUAGCGAUGCUGCGACCAUCGUCGACGCUAUCGAAGCCGUCACACGCAUGUUAAUUGCCAGUCUCCAAGAGGACAACUUUGGCAAAGCUAUGGCCGGCGUCCCUCAGGCCGUCAAGCAAUUCACCAAGACCAUCACUCUAAUCGAAGGCCUCCUCUCACAGCAGCAAGACGCCGCCGAUCUCACAGAUGUCAACAUCAUCCUCAGGAGGCUCAAAGCCGGCCUCCUGGAACUCCUCGCAGCCUUCCAAAUGUACCUAGGCGACAGCGCGUUGGGCAUUGCCGAUCUAAACGCCGCCAAGAAAGCCAGUGGACAGCUCGCUGCCGAGGAAGAAGAGCAGAAGAGGAUACAAGCCGCACCUUCGCGGAAGGAGCUGCUGGAUUUGCAGGACGCGCCCACACCUGCCGUGCCGGAAGAGCGGCGGCCUGAUGAAGGUUGGCGGGAUUGGAGCAGGUCGAAGAAGACGACGACGAAGCUGUUCCCGCAGUAUGAGGAGAACCCGCGGCCUCGGAGACAGGUUUCUGGUGGGUCGAGGAGGCAGAACGGGCAUGUGGGACGGCCUAGAGAGAUGGAGCAGGUGCGAUGA